AUGGAGUAUCUCAUUCAACAAGGUUCUGAUGUGAACAAAUGUGAUCCAAAGGGUGUGACGCCAUUCAAUGCUGCCAUUCAAUUCGGGCAUCUAGAAGCUGUCAAAUAUCUCAUAGAUAAAGGAGCCAAUCAGAACAGAUAUGAUGGAAUGACCCCACUCUAUGCUGCAGCUCAAUUCGGUCAUCUAGAUAUCGUGAAAUUCUUUAUUUCCAAUGGAGCUGAUGUGAAUGAAGAACAUGAUAAUGGGAGGAUUCCUCUUUACGGUGCUGCUAUCAGUGGUAAUAUGAAGAUCAUGGAGUAUCUCACCCAAGAAGGGUCUGAUGUGAACAAGGCUAAUCCAAAGGGUUGGACACCAUUCAAUGCUGCUAUUCAAUACGGUCAUCUAGAAGCUGUCAAAUAUCUCAUAGAUAAAGGAGCCAAGCAGAACAGAUAUAAUGGAAUGACCCCUCUCUAUGCUGCAGCUAAAUUCGGUAAUUUAGAUAUCGUGGAUUUCUUCAUUUCAAACGGAGGUGAUGUGAAUGAAGAGAAUGAAAGUGGGAAUAUUCCUCUUCACGGUGCUGCUAUCAGUGGUAAUAUGAAGAUCAUGGAGUAUCUCAUCCAACAAGGUUCUGAUGUGAACAAAGCUGAUCAAACGGGAUGGACACCAUUCAAUGCUGCUAUUCAAGAAAGCCAUCUAGAAGUUGUCAAAUAUCUCAUAGAAAAAGGAGCCAGGCAGAACAGAUAUGAUGGAAUGACCCCUCUCUAUGCUGCAGCUAAAUUCGGUCAUUUAGAUAUCGUGGAUUUCUUCAUUUCAAACGGAGGUGAUGUGAAUGAAGAGAAAGAAAGUGGGAAUAUUCCUCUUCACGGUGCUGCUAUCAGUGGUAAUAUGAAGAUCAUGGAGUAUCUCAUCCAACAAGGUUCUGAUGUGAACAAAGCUGAUCAAACGGGAUGGACACCAUUCAAUGCUGCUAUUCAAGAAAGCCAUCUAGAAGUUGUCAAAUAUCUCAUAGAAAAAGGAGCCAGGCAGAACAGAUAUGAUGGAAUAACCCCUCUCUAUUUUGCAGCUGAAUUUGGUCAUAUAGAUAUCGUGGAAUUCUUCAUCUCAAACGGUGCUGAUGUGAAUGAAGAAGAUGAUGAUGGGAUGAUUCCUCUUCACGGUGCUGCUAUCAGUGGUAAUAUGAAGAUCAUGGAGUAUCUCAUCCAACAAGGUUCUGAUGUGAACAAAGCUGAUCAAACGGGAUGGACACCAUUCAAUGCUGCUAUUCAAGAAAGCCAUCUAGAAGUUGUCAAAUAUCUCAUAGAAAAAGGAGCCAGGCAGAACAGAUAUGAUGGAAUAACCCCUCUCUAUUUUGCAGCUGAAAUUGGUCAUAUAGAUAUCGUGGAAUUCUUCAUCUCAAACGGAGCUGAUGUGAAUGAAGAAAAUGAUAAUGGGAUGAUUCCUCUUCACGGUGCUGCUAUCAGUGGUAAUAUGAAGAUCAUGGAGUAUCUCAUCCAACAAGGUUCUGAUGUGAACAAGGCUGAUCUAACGGGAUGGACACCAUUCAAUGCUGCUAUUCAAGAAGGUCAUCUAGAAGCUGUCAAAUAUCUCAUAGAAAAGGGAGCCAAGCAGAACAUGUAUGAUGGAAUGACCCCACUCUAUGCUGCAGCUCAAUUCGGUCAUUUAGAUAUCGUGGAAUACUUCAUUUCCAAUGGAGCUGAUGUGAAUGAAGAAGAUGAUAAUGGGAGGAUUCCUUUUCACGGAGCUGCUUGCAGUGGUAAUAUUAAGAUCAUUGAGUAUCUCAUUCAACAAGAGUCAGAUGUGAACAAAGGUGAUUCAAAGGGAUGGACACCAUUCAAUGCUGCUGUUGAGAAAGGGCAUCUAGAAGCUGUCAAAUAUCUCAUGGAAAUGGGAGCAAAUAAGAAUAGAUAUGGUGGAAUGUCCCCACUCUAUGCUGCAGCUCAAUUCGGUCAUUUAGAUAUCGUGAAAUACUUUAUUUCCAAUGGAGCUGAUGUGAAUGAAGUUGACGAUAAUGGGAGGAUUCCUCUUCACGGUGCUGCUAUCAGUGGUAAUAUGAAGAUCAUGGAGUAUCUCAUUCAACAAGGAUCAGAUAAGAACAAGGCUAGUAAAACGGGUUGGACACCAUUCAAUGCUGCCAUUCAAUACGGUCAUCUAGAAGCUGUCAAAUAUCUCAUAGAUAAAGGAGCCAAGCAGAACAGGUAUGAUGGAAUGACCCCACUCUAUGCUGCAGCUCAAUUCGGUCACUUAGAUAUCGUGAAAUUCUUCAUUUCCAAUGGCGCUGAUGUGAAUGAAGAAGAUGAUAACGGGCGUAUUCCUCUACAUGCAGCUGCUAUUAAUGGUAACAUUGAAGUCAUGGAGUACCUCAUUCAACAAGGCUCCAAUGUGAACAAGGCCGAUCCAAUGGGUUGGACGCCAUUGAAUGCUGCUAUUAAAAAAGGCCACAUAGAAGCUGUCAAAUAUCUCAUAGAUAAAGGAGCCAAGCAGAACAAAUAUGAUGGAAUGACCCCACUCUUUGCUGCAGCUGAAUACGGUCAUUUAGAUAUCGUGACAUUCUUCAUUUCCAUUGGUGCUGAGGUGAAUGAAGAAGAUGAUAUUGGGUGGAUCCCUUUACAUGGAGCUGUUCUCAGCGGUAAUAUGAAGAUCAUGGAAUAUCUCAUUCAACAAGGGUGUGAUGUGAACAAGGCUGAUUCUAAAGGUUGGACACCAUUUAGUGCUGCUAUCCAAUAUGGUCAUCUAGAAGCGGUCAAAUAUCUCAUAGAUAAAGGAGCCAAGCAGAACAGGUAUGCAGGAAUGACCCCACUCUAUAUUGCAACACAAGCAGGUCAUCUAGAUAUCGUCCAAUUCUUGGUAUCCAAUGAUGCUGACGUCAAUGAGGUAGAUGACGAAGGGAUGAUUGCUCUCCACGCUGCUUCCCGUAUCGGUAACAUUGAAAUCAUUGAGUAUUUCAUUCAGCAAGGCUCUGAUGUAAACAAGACAGACAGAAAUGGACUGACACCACUGAACACAGCAAUCAUUGAAGGGCAAUUGAAAGUUGUUAAAUUUCUCAUUGCUAAAGGAGCCAACUACCUAAGUUAUGAUGGUAUGUCUCCACUUUACAUCGCAACACAAUACGACCAUAUCGACCUAGUGAAAUUCCUCAUUUCCAAAGGAUUUAGUGUAAACAAAGGGACUGAAAGCGGCAAGUCUCCGCUCCAUGCAGCAUGUUACAACGGUAACAUCGAUGUGGUAGAAUUUUUACUUCUCAACAAUGCUGAUGUAAAUCAUCAAGAUCAAGAUGGAUGGACACCACUUCAAGCCGCUCAACAAGAAGGCCACCUACAGAUAGUCAAGUAUCUGUCAGUGCGUGGUACACUCAUGAAGGAUAUGGAUGGUAUAACUUCGAUACAGGCGUCGCCAAACACAGCUCAUUCUACUCGUCGAAUACAAGGAAUAUUGAGUACUGACACCUUUGCUCAAAUUGCGUCACGAAAUCAACAACAUAAAGGUCAUCGGACUGCAAUCCAAGCAGAAUCUGCAACACUUGCAGAACAAUCCAAACUACACGUUCAUAAUAUCUAUGAUGACAAUGCUUUCAUCCAAGCUGGCAUAAAAGAGGAGAUGUGUGCUGAACUCUCGUCGAGCACUGUGGCUCAUAAAGUUGAGGGUCGCGCCAAUCUGGAGCCAAAUCCUUUCUAUGGUGCCCAAUCGAAAUUUCCUGAGAAAUCUGAACAUGGUUCAUCCCAGGAUGACAUUGACGCAGUACAAAACAGCAUGACUAGGAAACAAUACAACCGAGCCAAUGAUAUAAGCCGCCCUGUCUCGCUCGGACCUCAGAAAUGGCAAUACAGCGGAUUUGCUCCACCAUUUCUACAAACCCUGAACAACUCUAUGACCACUGAGCAGGAUUCAGAAGACCCAUGGUCGAGAUGGCAUCUCCCAACUAAAGAGAUUAGACAAACCAGAGUGAGUAGUUAUCGUUAUUUUUUAGAAUCAAUAUGUGACUAG